GGUCAGCCGCCGUCGGGGGUCCUUCUGCUGGAGGUGACAUUCAGUGGGCUAGCGCAGUUAGCAUCGACACACGCUUCAACAUGGCACAGGCGGUGCAAAAACUGGUCGCUAAAGUACCAUCUCUGAUCGGCUCGGCUGUCAGCUACUCCAAACCUCGGCUACAGACCUUCUGGUACUAUGCUCGUGUUGAACUCGUGCCCCCUUCACCUGCCGAGAUCCCCAAGGCCAUCGCCGGGGCCGCAGAUGUCCUCAAGGCUCUCCAGUCAGGACGUCUCGGUCAACUCACAGUCAGGGAUAUGGCAAGGAACGGCCUGGUGGCCACUGAAGUGUUGAUGUGGUUCUACAUCGGAGAGUGCAUCGGCAAAGGGGGCAUCGUCGGCUACGCUGUCUGAAAUUUGGACUGUCAUGCUUUGUUUUUUUCUUUUAGGCAUCAUAUGCUCAACUUCCUGCAAGAAUUCUGGGAACCAAUAAACAGAUAUCUAUUGUUAUUGAAA